AUUGGCACCUUACGAUGUGAUAUGGAGCUAAAAUUUCUGUCCCUCCCCCGGUCCAAAGCUCCCUCUUUCACCUCUCCGGCGCUCUAAUUGCCACCCUCUCAUGACAAUAACGGCGGUGGGCUCCGGCUCGGUCGGAAAAGCCGCCGCCUUUUGGCCGAGAUGGUUAGUCUCGGGGCGUUCCCAUCUCUUCUUCUCGGUCAUCCGGGCUUCCCAUUCCAUGGAGAGCAGGAACGGCAAGGUUUACAAAGAGAUCGGUUUGUACUCUCUGAAAAAGAAAAUUGAAGAUGUAGUUAGUCGUGCUGAGAUGAUAGCACCAACCGCUUUAGAAUGUGAAGAAGCAAGACGAAUCAAGCAGGAAAAAGUGCUUCGGGAUUAUGAUCUGUGGGAUGACCUGGCUAGAUCUAAUGAAUCUCUUGCAGACUUAGCUGAUGCCAUCAAAGUGGUUAAUGAUCUCAAAGAUCUACGAUGCAAGAUUGAAGAUGCAAAAUUGAUCACCCAGCUGGCAGAAAUGGAUGUCAUAAACCACCAGCUCUUUCAAGAGGCGUACAAUGCCUCUGUAGAUGUCAGCAAGUUCCUGGAUCGUUAUGAGAUUUCAAAGCUUCUCAGUGGUCCAUAUGACAAGGAGGGAGCUUGUGUGAUCAUCAAAGCUGGACCAGAAGGCAUUACAUCUGAGGUAUGGGCAAAGAAGCUUUUGAGCAUGUACACUAGAUGGGCUGAAAAGCAUGGUUGUGAGGGAAGGAUCAUUGAGAAGUGUUCAUGCAGCAGUAAUGGUAUCAGAUUGGCAACAAUUGAGUUUGAAUCAGAAUACUUUUUUGGCUACCUUUCUGGAGAGAAAGGUAUGCAUAGAAUGAUUUGUACAUCUCUUGAUGGAUCAAUUAUUCGUGAGACAUGCUCAGCUGCGGUAGAUGUGAUCCCUCUUUGCCUUGAAAGAGCUAUUGAUAUGCACAUAGAUGACCAUGAUUUAAAAAUCUCUUCUUCCCCAUCGCAAAGAGAAAACCAGUCUGGUUAUCGAGCAGAGCGUGCAGUCUGCAUUCAUCAUCUCCCAAGCGGCAUAACUGUCCAAAGCUCAGGUGAAAGGAGUUAUUUUGCAAAUAGGAUUAAGGCUAUGAACCGAUUGAAAGCAAAACUCCUCAUUCUUGCGAUGGAUCAGGGAGUGUUAGAACCAAAUAAAAUUAAGAGGGACACAGUUGUUCAUGAAUGGAACCUUGAAACAAGGAGGUAUGUGUUUCAUCCGCAGAAAUUGGUCCAAGAUAUGAGAACUGGCAUCCAACUGCCUGAUCUAAAUUCCGUAUUGGAUGGUAACAUUGAACAAUUGAUAAGAGCUCAUAUUAACCUCAGACAGGGAAAAGAGAUGGGGCAGUAGCUAAUUUGCUUUGUAAUGCUUGUAUCAUGUAAGCAAGAAGCCCAUUGUCCUUUUUAUUCAUUAUAGAUUUUGUAAAAUUUCUUUUUAAUUCUCAUUGUGGUAGAGAUAUUAUUGUUGUAUCCAUGGGCAUGCGUUGGCCAGCA